UCUUGGUCCUCCCAGGCCAGCAGGAUGAGGGGCUCUAGGCAAACAUUCCUUAAUUUAUUCUGCAUCCUCUGGCUCCCGUUUCUGCUGAAGGCUGCCUCUUCCUCCCCUCUCCCCCACGGAAAUGACCCACCACCCCCUUCGCUCCCCUCCGGGCUGCACAAAGGACAGACCUGCAUCGGAUGCGUGCUCGUGGUCUCUGUAAUUGAACAGCUUGCACAGUGGCACAACAGUACAGUAAAGGCAGCCGUGGAGACACUGUGCAACUACAUACCUGAAAAUCUGCAAGGUUUCUGUUACGUAUUUGCUGAACUUUAUGGACCACACAUAGCUGAACUUAUAGACAGGGAAAUGAAUGCCGAUGUGGUCUGCCAUUCCUUGAAGCUGUGUAAACAGGAUGCAGGACAACCGCUUUGUCAUCUCUACCCUCCUCCAAAGGUGGGGCUGAGUGCUGCAAUAAGGAAAGCAAAAAGGAUUAUGAAGACUUCCAAGGAUCUGAAGAGCUUCACAGGGUUCUCAAGUGUAUGUGCAUUUCCUCCUCUGGCUAACCUGUGUGAGAAGAUUAAAUAUGUUAUAAGAAAUAAACUGCCUUUUGAAGAUUUUGAUGGAGAUAAAUUUAGUACUUUCCCAACGUUGAGAGGCUAUCACUGGCGAGGCAGAGACUGCAACGACAAAAACACCACCGUGUACCCUGGCAGACGUCCUGAUAACUGGGAUGUGAAUAGUGACUCUAACUGCAAUGGCAUAUGGGGCGUGGAUCCAAAAGAUGGAAUUCCCUACGAGGAGAAAUUCUGCAAAGGUGCGGACUCGCAAGGGGUCAUCCUGUUGGGAGACUCGGCUGGUGCUCACUUCCACAUCCCUCCCGAGUGGAUGACCGUCACGCAGAUGUCAGCGGUGAGCAAUCGCGUCCGGCUUGCCAACACCACCCUGCCGCGGGUUGCC